AGUUUGUUUACUCAUAAGUGGGGUUAUAUCCGAUAUCAAUGUUUUUCGUCGCAUGAAAAUAAAUCGCAACAUUUCCACUGAUAACAUAACCUGAUAAUGAUAAAGAGCUACAACGUCUAACUUCGUGCUUAAAAUAGUGUUCAAACCAUGGGUGAAACAAACACUUCCAAAACCUCAAUUAGACAAAUUUUCGAAACUAUGGAAUACGGCAACGACUUCGAAAGCGUCGCCCCAGUGACCGAAUGGCUGAAAAAACGCGAAAACCGAAUUUUCGCCUACAUUGACAAGAAAAACGAAACCCCGACUGGCGAAAUAGUCCCCGUUAAAAACACGACGAACGACCAGCAUUUAUGCGACGUCCACGUCCCCGACGCAACCACAGUAGACACAAUUUUAAAAAAAUCAGCCAAUGCGAAAAAUACAUGGAAAGAUAUACCAGCUGCAAAAAGAGCCGAGAUUAUUUACAAAUUGGGUAACGAGAUACAGAAAAAACAAGAACUGAUCACACUGAUUGAAGUAGCAGCCCGGGGGAUUCUGAGCAAAGACACGAAAAAUAAAUUGCCACUACUUACCGACUGCUUGGUGUACUAUUCAGGCUUUAGUGUGAAGUACAGCGUCGAAAACCCCUCAUUUAGUGCCACAGGACUAGCAGUGGGUGUUUUCCCAGAUUCCAGUGCACUAUGGACUUUGGGUUACAUUCUGGGGCCUUGUUUGGCUGCGGGUCGUCAGAUUGUUCUUCAAACCGGGCCGCGAUUCAGUUUAGUCGCAACUGUAUUGAUAGAAAUGGCUGGUCAAUUAGGUGUCCCUGAAGGUACCAUAAGGCUAAUACCGGGAAAGAUCAACCCCGACAACUUCUUUGUCCACUCUAGCGUGUCCACGGUCUCUAUUUUUGAUGACCUACACAAGGAACGAUAUUUAUUUGCCAACCAUUUUGGCAAGAAACUUCUCCAUUUUGGUGCUUCAGGUGCUUCAAUGGUGGUUUUUGACGGUUGUGACUUGGAUUCGGCUUGUCACAGUGUUGCAGAUGCCGCUUUUGGAACGAAGGGAACGCUCCCGUGGUCUGUAAGAAAUAUUUUCGUUCAAGAGAAUAUUUUCGACAGUUUUAUCCACAAGCUCAAACACAACGUGGCGUCCUUAAAAAUUGGCAAAUCUAACGAAAGAAAUGUGGAUAUUUCAAUCCCAGACAACACAGUUCUGGAUAAAGUUAAGCGAGUCGUGGUUGAAGCACAAAAUCAGGGAGUCGAGGUGUUUCAACCAGACCCUGAUAACGCCAUUCCUACAGUUUUAAUCGGUGCCAACGUCUUCCCUAAUAACGUUAUCAAAGAAGAUUUUAUUAAUGUUCCAGUCGUUACUGUAGUGUCUUUUAGAACUGUCAACGAAGCGGUGAAUUUAUCCAACAAUACACGACAAGGCUUAGGGGUAUCCGUUUGGAGCGAGAGCACCAGUCUUAUCAACGAAAUCAUCGGAAAAUUGAAAGCCGGAAAUGUAUGGAUCAACUCGCACGGUCUUUUCGCCCCCAACAUCGCCACGUCGCCUUACAAAACCAGCGGAAACGCUUUUUUCGGAGGCAACGAAGGCUUUUACGAGUACGUCGAAACCAAAUCGCUGAAAACUGAAAGCGGGUCACAAAUCCAGAACAAGAACGCUAUGGAGCAAGCCAUCACCGAAGCAAAGAAGGCUCAAGACAGCUGGUCGAAGCUCAGUCGACUCGAAAGAACGAAGCUUCUCCAAGUCGUACCCCACAAUAUCACCACCAACUCGAGCUUGGAAAAGUGGACGGAUCAGUGGGUAACUUUAAUCUACGACUGCGGGUUAAGUAAUUCCGGAGAGAACUUCAUCAAGUUUAGAAAUUUCAACGUCGCGGCGACUCGGGAACCGUGCGGGGUCAUCGCUAUUGAAACUCCGGAAGGUAAAGAUGACCACAACAAACGACUGAUUGUUGCUGCUUUGAAUGAAGGGAACGCGGUGAUUAUUUUGAAUGAUUGUGGCGAAACGAGCGAGUUUUAUAGUAAGGUUUCGAAAUUGCUGCCGAAAGGAGUACUUACGGUGCUUAGUCACAGUCAAGAGGCGACGAAGGUCGCAGCUUUACACAAGGAGUUGAGUGUGUACUUUGGAGAGAAGCACAAUCGAGUGUUUUUCUCGCUACCUUUGAAAACCUCGAGCAAAUUCAAAAUGGCUGGUUCUGGUAGUUGGAACGACGUACGUGAUAAAGUCACCCUGACUAAGAACGUGUGGCUGAACAAGGGGCAAUCGUUCAUUUGAUUUAUGUUAAUCUUUCAAGAAUAUAAAAGACUUUUCUGUGUGUUAA